CGGGCAGUGCUGCCCACCUGGGUUUUCUUGCCUAGCGCUGUUGUGUUCAGGGUCCUUUAGGGCCAGUCGGAGGCUGCGGAGCGGCGGGGGUUGCCUGCGCUGCCCGCCCGGGCAUCCUCCUGGUGAUGGAAGCAGCCGCCGCCGCCGCUGUGGGGUCGCGCUGUGCCCCAUCCACCGCUGCCAGAGAGGUGGGAAAAUUCGCCGCACGGAGGCCGAAAGCGAGAGGGGCUGCGCCGCUAUGCCGGGAGCUGAGUCCCAUAUAAGCAGCCCCCAGCCAUCGCCCCCAGCCGGCUUCAUUCCCCUGAGCGAGGCAGGAAGCUGCGGUCCCGAGAGAGCGAAGGAGAAGUCGCUGGAGCCGGGACGCUCCGGGUUCGGUGGAGCGCUGAGCGGGGCUCCGGGCCGGGUGAAAGUUUUUCUUCCCGAGCCGCAGGGCGCCCGCUGCCCGGAAACUCUGCGCAGGGAUAAGUCGGCCGACUCCUCCGUCCCCUCGAAGGUGCGGGGACCCACAGCGGAAGCGAGAGGGAGCGAAAUCGAGGAACGAGUGACAGCCGGACAGUCCACUGGGCGGUGAUCCGGGGCCGCUCCCGGACGCGCCCUCGGCUCCAGGUCCUUCCCGGAGCCGCUGCCAUGGGAGAGCCAGCCUUGGGCGCUGGGGACCAGCCGCCGCGCCCGCCUCGGAGUCGCGGCCAGAGUCCCGGCGCCAGCAGCCAGCCCGCUGCGUUGCACCCUUCCCGGGCUGCAGGGCUGCCUCCGCCGCGCCGCCGGCCCGGAUUGUGCCUGUGAUGAGCCGCAGCCCGCCGCGAGCUCUGCCCCCGGGCGCGCUCCCUCGGCUGCUCCACGCUGCGCCUGCAGCCGCGCCGCGUGCCCUGCUCCCGCAGUGGCCCCGGCGCCCAGGACGCCGCUGGCCUGCGUCCCCUCUCGGAAUGAAGGUGUUCCGUAGGAAGGCGCUGGUGUUGUGCGCGGGCUAUGCACUGCUGCUGGUGCUCACCAUGCUCAACCUCCUGGACUACAAGUGGCACAAGGAGCCGCUGCAGCAGUGCAACCCCGACGGGCCGCUGGGUGCCGCAGCAGGGGCAGCUGGAGGCAGCUGGGGGCGCCCGGGGCCUCCUCCGGCCGCGCCGCCCCGUGCUCAUGCCCGUUUGGACCUCCGCACUCCUUACCGACCUCCCGCUGCCGCCGUCGGGGCAGCUCCUGCAGCCGCGGCAGGGAUGGCGGGGUUUGCGGCCCCUGCAGGCAAUGGCACUCGGGGCACCGGGAGCGUCGGGGACAAGCGGCAGCUGGUGUACGUGUUCACCACGUGGCGCUCUGGCUCGUCGUUCUUCGGCGAGCUAUUCAAUCAGAAUCCCGAGGUGUUCUUUCUCUACGAGCCAGUGUGGCAUGUAUGGCAAAAACUGUAUCCGGGGGACGCCGUUUCCCUGCAGGGGGCAGCGCGGGACAUGCUGAGCGCUCUGUACCGCUGCGACCUCUCUGUCUUCCAACUGUAUAGCCCCGCGGGCAGCGGGGGGCGCAACCUCACCACGCUGGGCAUCUUCGGCGCAGCCACCAACAAGGUAGUGUGCUCGUCACCACUCUGCCCCGCCUACCGCAAGGAGGUUGUGGGGUUGGUGGACGACCGCGUGUGCAAGAAGUGCCCGCCGCAGCGCCUGGCGCGUUUCGAGGAGGAGUGCCGCAAGUACCGCACACUAGUCAUAAAGGGUGUGCGCGUCUUCGACGUGGCGGUGUUGGCGCCACUGCUGCGAGACCCGGCCCUGGACCUCAAGGUCAUCCACCUGGUGCGUGAUCCCCGCGCAGUGGCGAGCUCACGGAUCCGCUCGCGCCACGGCCUCAUCCGUGAGAGCCUACAGGUGGUGCGCAGCCGAGACCCGCGAGCCCACCGCAUGCCCUUCCUGGAGGCAGCGGGCCACAAACUUGGCGCCAAGAAGGAGGGCGUGGGCGGCCCCGCGGACUACCACGCUCUGGGCGCUAUGGAGGUCAUCUGCAAUAGUAUGGCUAAGACGCUGCAGACAGCCCUCCAGCCCCCUGACUGGCUGCAGGGCCACUACCUGGUGGUGCGGUACGAGGACCUAGUGGGAGACCCCGUCAAGACACUACGGAGAGUGUACGAUUUUGUGGGACUGUUGGUGAGCCCCGAAAUGGAGCAGUUUGCCCUGAACAUGACCAGUGGCUCGGGCUCCUCCUCCAAACCUUUCGUGGUAUCUGCACGCAAUGCCACGCAGGCCGCCAAUGCCUGGCGGACCGCCCUCACCUUCCAGCAGAUAAAACAGGUGGAGGAGUUUUGCUACCAGCCCAUGGCCGUCCUGGGCUAUGAGCGGGUCAACAGUCCUGAAGAGGUCAAAGACCUCAGCAAGACCCUGCUUCGGAAGCCCCGUCUCUGAAAGGGGGGAGACCUGAUGCCCUGUGAUGAUACCUAUAAAGAGGAUUGUAGUGUGUUUAAACAAACACAGUCCAGACUCAAACGGAGGAAGCCCACAUACUCUAUUAUAGAUAUAUAAAUAAUCACACAGACACUUGCUGUCAGUGUUUUGAGUCAGUGCAUUUCAAGGAACAGCCACAAAAUACACACAUACACCCCUCAGAAAAGGCAAGACUUGAACGUUCUGUCCAGGUGCCCCUCUUCUCCUCUCCUUUGCUUUCUCUUGUCCUCUUUCUCCUAUUUCUUACCCUGCCCUCCACCUGCCUUCCAUUUUGAAGUGGGAUGUUCAUGAAAUCAAGUUCCAGUAACCCAAAUCUUGUUUACAAAGUUUUCGUGGUAUCUGUGAACAUGUAAGAGUAAUUUGGAUGUGGGGGUGGGGGUGGAGAAAGGGGAAGUGGUCCAGAAAGAAAAAGCCCCAUUGGGCAUGAUAAGCCGAGGAGGCAUUCUUCUAAAGUCGACUUUUGUGUAAAAAGCAAAGGUUACAUGUGAGUAUUAAUAAAGAAAAUAAUAAAUAAUAUUCUUUUUUAUAUUUGCCUCCAUUACUUUGGAUUCACCUGUGUUACUUGUCCUCAGCUUCAGAUAGAAUCUCCUUCCCCUCCCUUGUUUCCAUUUUUCCAGUCUUUUUCCUGAAAGGCAGCUAAACUGGGUGGGAGCAAUUUUUGUCUCCUUGGUAAUAACCUGGGGGAUGUUUUCUCACAUGUAAAUCUCAGCCUGUUAGGUGCCCAGGAAUGAAACACAUCUUUGAAUUCUAAAGGCAGAAACCAAACAGGGCAGUGGAAGAAAAAGCACACUCUUUUCUUCAACUUUGAACACAACAAGAAGCAACUCCUUCAGGACUUGAAAGCAUUUGGUUUUUCAUUCCUCUUCAGUUAAGAUGGGGAACCUUGAAGCAGAGACCAAUGUUUUGGUGCUGAGGUUGGUUCAGAAAAAGGAUUUUUUAAAAAAGUAUGUAAUUUUUAAAAGUCUGAUUAUUAGAACACAGACCUCAGGAAGUAGUGUGACCAUAUUGCUGGCAAUGGUAGCAACUUCUUUGGUUUAGCAAAGUGACAGAAGUAUCUGUUUGGAUUGUUUUUCUGACUAUGACACGGUAUGUGGAGGUGGAUGAAAGCAGUGAAGUUUCAUCUGAGAACCGUAAGGGCUUUUCCUUUUCUUUCUUGCUUCCCAUUUAAAUUAGUGCAGGAGAGAAUAUGAAUUUAUAAUGUUUUACUUGGGAUGCCUGUGGAGUAUGUUGCUUUUCUUUAUCAUGUUUCCUAAAAGUAAAUUUGCAAAGAAAGUAACAUGCUGCAGACAGUAUAAGGCUUCAGCCAAGAGCUUCUUUUAGAUAUGAUAAUGAAUUGUGGUAAAGAGGAAAUGAAAAUGAACUAGUGUGUAGGAUUUUGAAAUUUGGUAUUUUCCAAGGAGAAAACCAUUGAAUUUUCCUGUAGUGGUUAUGAUGUUGUGUCCUGAACCCAUUUGGUACUGAAACAUUCUGCAGAAUGUUAUAGUAUGGGAAAAAAUUAUGAAGCCCAAAUGGGAACAAGAGACAGUGUAGUUGUAUAUUACAGUAAAUACAGUACAAGUUCAUUAUCA